UUCAUUGAAAGUAUAGCUGCUACUAGGAGAGCUGAGCCCCACCAGCCCUGCCUCUGGAAACGAAAUCCAAGCAAGAGACAGCAAAGCAAACUAUCUCUCUGUCUAUCUACGCACGCACACACAGACGCGGCACACACAGACAAAGAUAAAAGGGACUCGCUACCCCAAACAGAACCAGAAAAUCAGCCAAGCAGAGUCACCAUGUCAAGAGCAGAGGAUGAAUGCUGCAGCAACCCAGCCUUGCUCCAAAUCUCUACGCAAGAAGUUGAAAACAGCCUUGGCAGUUCAAAGGUGCAGAAGAUGUGCACCUCCCGGCGGAUAUUGCUGCUUAUACUCACCUUCCUGGCAUAUACGAUUGAUUCUGUCUCUGCAUACAGUCCUGCUGAAACCCUUUGUGGUGGAGAGCUGGUGGACACACUGCAGUUUGUCUGUGGGGACAGAGGCUUUUAUUUCAGUAGGCCUGUGGGUAGAAACAGAGGAAGACUCAAUCGUGGCAUCGUGGAGGAGUGCUGCUUCCGGAGUUGUGACCUGAAUCUCUUGGAAACUUAUUGCGCAAAAUCUGCCAAAUCGGAACGGGACCUGUCUUCAUCUCUUGUGGUCUUACCAGCACUAAACAAGGAUAUCUUUCAAAAGCCCUCCCAUGUCAAGUACUCAAAAUACGACAUUUGGCAGAAGAAGAGCCCGCAGCGCCUUCAGCGGGGAGUUCCCAACGUCCUCCGUGCCCGCAGGUAUCGAUGGCAAACUGAAGGACUGCAGGAGUCUGAGGAGUCCAAGAACCAUCGCCCGCUGGUUGUCCUGCCGACGCAGACACCUCUGGCUGUGCACACCACCUCAGAAACGUCAGGCAGCCAGAAGUGAACUGUGAUGAACAAUUUGCAAAAGUGACUCUUUAUUAUUAUUAUUAUUUUUUCCCAGUCUCGUGGGAGGUGUUUUCCAGGUCCGGCCCCAGCCUUUUCUCUCUUCCAGACCAAGGCAGAGGGGAGAGAGCAAAUGUCCUUUCACACCAAGGAACAACAGGAAAAGGGGCACGGGAACACCAAAAGAGUGGGAUUAUAACAUCGGCGGUGGCAGCAGCAUUUUUGUGGCAUUGUCUUUAAUUUUUUUUUUUUUAAUCUAUUGGUUGGCUUUGUACUUUCCUACCCAGUAUUUUCAGCUUGAAUUUAACAGGGACAGCUAAGGCACUUGAACUAUGUAAUAACAGACCUGCCUUUCAGUCCAUAUACUAACCAAUGAAGACAGAGCAAGAGAAGAUCAUGGCAUGAAAAGAAGGCCAAAUUCUAUGUCUCAACUGACAGUAAAAAGAAAAGGAAGGGAAACAAAAUCUGAGGUUUUAAAGGUUGGCCUAACCUUUACCCCAUUUUAUUGUUUUAUAAGUCACAAUUGAUAUAGUUGAGGGGUGUUUUUUUUUUGUCA